AUGGCUCCCAGCUUAGAAAGUCUCCCAGUGGAGAUCUUCCUCCAGGUCAUCUCGUAUCUGGAAGUAUUGGAUAUAGUGAGGCUGCAGCUUGUGUCCAAGCAACUGCUCCGUACUGGCCGGGAUGAUGGCUUCUGGCGACUGCGAAGCUUCGACGACAGCACGUAUCUCGAGACACUCAUGCGGCGUCGCAUGUUGUUUGGGCAGCGCAGCGUCGGUGUCGACGAGCAAAGAGCCCCUGCAUCGCCAACGUCCGUGGAACAAGAACGCUCUCGCGAGAGGUUCCGUAUCAUGGCUAACUGGGACCCGGUCUAUCCGGGCGAGAAAGUUUCGUGGUACGACGAAUACAUCCAGCGGAACGCGCCCAUCGUGAUGAACUGGUUCCAGCUGCCGCGGCACAGCGACAGCAGCUCUUCCAAGGAAGUGGCCGUGGAGGCUCGUGGCGUUGCGCUGUAUCGACCAGACGGUGCCGAUGGCAGCCUGCUGGCUGUCUCGCCUCUCGACGACGGGUCUGUUUGUCUCUGGGACGUCAAGGGGACCAGGGGCCAGGCCGGUGCCAUCGUUGCCCAGAGUGCUCCCGGCAUCCUCUUCGGUGGGCUGCUUUCCGACCUAGGCAGGGCGACGAGGAGGCAGAGGCCUCAAUUCACCACAACUGAAUGCGUCAGCGUCGACAGCCAGCGACAUCUGGCCUUUCUCUCUGUCCAGAACCGUCUGGUCGAAGUGGAUCUACAGAGGCUCGUCGCAACAGGCGAAGAGACGUUUCCCUGGGCCAUCACUGCUCUAUCCACAUCGCACCCUACCGUGCCUCUGUCAAUCGGCAUGCACCUAGGAGUGCACAUGCACGAUACAAGAGUGAGAGCAGGAAAUGGGACGUCAAAGCACACUAGCCGAAACUACGGUGGCGAUGACGACGACGACGACCGUUGCCAGCCCCGAUGUGCCCCAGCACCCCAUCCGGAACCAGGGCCGAUAUCGAUUCUCCACCUCCAGCGCCCUGGGUCAGAGGAGGACAUGUCCGACGACAUCUACACUGCCGGGCGGCUGCCCAUCAUCCUCCACUACGACCGGCGGAAACUCUCGUCCAUCAAGGGCACGAUUUAUUCGGGGGCCAGCCUAUGCAGCAUGACGUCCUUUCCGUAUCCCUUUUCCGCACUGGACUCGGAUCUCCGACACGAAGGGGUCCUAUCUCUGGGCCAGGUCGAGAGGGCCAAGGCCGUGCCGGGCGGACGUACGAUAGUGGCAUGCGGCGAGUACAAGUCCAAGGGCUCGCUGGAGAUGUAUGGCAUCGGCAUGGUGCCCGAGGCCGCCACAACCAAACGGCCAGAAGGGGUGCAGUACCGCGAGAACUCGACACUGAAGAACCGGCAGACGUCGUCGUUCUCCAAAAUUCUGGCCGUGACCACUCACGGCACGCGGCUGGCCUUUGCAGACGGGGCAGGGCAGAUCAAGUGGUUUGAGCGGGACGGUGUUACUGAAGUGCGGAGUUGCGCCAUCGAUGGGGGAGAGAGCAAAGAAAUGGCGCCGUCUCUGUUUGGCCCAGCAGCACAGGACUCGGGCGACAUUGCAAGGAAGCUGCUGCCCACCCAACAAGCCGGCGGCUCCGGGGACAACGAGCUGCUGUUCUGGACGGGAGAGCGUCUCGGACUCGUCAGCUUCUCGUCCAAGCCCGGCUUCGAGACAGACGACUUUGUCGACUUGGCCAAGACAGCCCGAGAGCGUGCAGCGGAGACGCAAGAGCGGGCCUACAGCGCUAGGAUGCGCCAGCUGCUCGAGAAGCAGGCUAGCGAUGUCCGGUUCGUGCGCAACCUUGGCGUGGGGAGCGGCCGGAGAGACUGGUGA